AACCUAAUCAAGCACCAUGGGUAGAUAUAGGCUUAAAAUGAUGAUAAUUUAUUUUGGUUUUUGUCUUCAGGAAGUUAAAAUAACUACACCACUGACUCAACACCCAAAAGAAAAUUCAGAGGGUCAGGGAUGGAACCUUGGGUUCCCCAGAGGCCACCUCAGUCACAGGGGAGGCCCAUAGCACCGUCAAAGGAUCGGGAACGAGGGCUUCAGAGAGAUGGAUGUCAUAGGCCUAUCCCUCACUCUCGGCACAAUGGAGAGUGGUUCCACCAGUGGCAAGACCUCCGAGGGAGCCCCCAGCCACAGCAGGAUCCCAGGGCAGGCCACCACCAGCUUCAGCAUCCACACAGGCUUGGGGAGUGGCAUCAACCUGUGUCUGGGAUUGACUGUUACGAAGGUGGUUAUUCUAUAUAUUCAAGGACAGGCUAUGAGAAUCCAUAUCAGAGCUAUCAUUCUCCAACCCUAAGGGAAGAAUAUGCUUAUGGAAGUUAUUCCUAUCAUGGACUUCCACAGAAGCUACUGGAAGAAAGAGUUCCAAGGCAAGGGAGUUCUUAUGCCUGGCAUGAAGAUUACCAAGACCAAAAGUACCUCAAAGAACAUCAUUAUGAAACUCAGAAUAGUUCGUUUGGAACAAAUAAUGAGACCCAAUUUCAAUCUAAGAAUCGGAACUGUUACAGAGACAGUCCUGCUUCCAACUCUGGACAGGAGAGGCCUGGAGAGGUGUUUCCAGACAGCCUGCUGCCUGGGGCCCAGAAGAGUAAGCCAUCAUUGACCAGCGAGUCCAACCUUCUGCAGCAGCACGAGUCUGGUCUCAGCUCCAGCAGCUAUGAGCUCAGUCAGUACAUGGUGGAAGCUUCUGAGCAGUAUGAUCCUAUGGCUUCAGCAGUUUGGAGUCCAAUUCAGGCUGAGGAUGUCUCAACAGCUGGUCCCAAGGCCCCCAUGAAGUUCUACGUCCCCCAUGUGCCUGUGAGUUUUGGACCAGGAGGUCAGCUGGUGUGUGUGGGUCCAAGGUCUCCCACUGAUGGGCAAACAGCCCUUGUUGAAUUGCACAGCAUGGAGGUUAUUCUUGGUGACUCUGAGGAACAAGAAGAGAUGAGAACUUUCUCAGGACCCCUGAUCAGGGAAGAUGUACACAAGGUGGAUAUCAUGACGUUUUGCCAACAGAAAGCAGCUCAGAGCUGCAAAUCAGAGACACCGAGGAGCAGAGACUUGGCUCUGCUGUGGCAACUGCUGGUUCUCCUUUGUCGGCAGAAUGGGUCCAUGGUGGGAUCUGACAUAGCUGAGCUGCUGAUGCAAGACUGCAAGAAGCUGGAGAAGUACAAGAGGCAACGCCCUGUGGCCAACCUCAUCAACCUGACGGAUGAGGACUGGCCAGUGCUGAGCUCAGGGACCCCAAACCUGCUCACUGGGGAGAUCCCCCCAAGUGUGGAGACACCUGCGCAGGUUGUGGAGAAAUUCACAAAACUGCUCUACUAUGGAAGAAAGAAGGAAGCCUUGGAAUGGGCCAUGAAGAACCACUUGUGGGGCCACGCUUUGUUCCUGUCCAGCAAGAUGGACCCAAGGACCUACAGCUGGGCCAUGAGUGGCUUUACCAGCACGCUGGCGCUCAACGACCCAUUGCAGACCCUCUUCCAGCUCAUGUCGGGGAGGAUUCCACAAGCAGCCACGUGUUGUGGGGACAAGCGGUGGGGAGACUGGAGGCCUCACUUGGCUGUGAUUCUGUCGAAUCAGGCUGGGGACCCGGAGCUACAUCGGCGUGUGAUCAUCACCAUGGGCGACACCCUGGCUGGGAAGGGGCUCGUGGAGGCCGCUCACUUCUGCUACCUCAUGGCUCACGUGCCCUUUGGCUACUACACGGUGAAGACAGACCAUCUGGCCUUGCUGGGCAGCAGCCACAGCCAAGAGUUUUUGAAAUUUGCAACGACUGAGGCUAUCCAGAGGACAGAGAUCUUUGAGUACUGCCAGAUGUUGGGCCGCUCCAAGUCCUUCAUCCCUUCUUUCCAGGUAUAUAAACUCCUUUAUGCUUCCCGUCUGGCAGAUUAUGGCCUCACGUCCCAGGCCUUGCAUUACUGUGAAGCCAUUGGUGUGGCCCUCCUUAGCCAGGGAGAGAACAGUCACCCCGUGCUGUUAGCGGAACUCAUCAAGCUAGCAGAAAAACUGAAGCUGUCAGAUCCUCUGGUGUUGGAAAGACGCCGCGGAGACAGGGACUUAGAGCCAGAUUGGCUGAUGCAACUUCGGAGGCGGCACAAGGAGCUGGGAGUGGAGCAGAAAGUAGCAGAAGACGUUGGUGAUCCACAUUCCGCUCACUCAGAUAUUUUGGGAACUGGAGGAACAACAGAAAACACUUUCUACCAGGAUCUUUCAGGACAUCAAGGCUACUCAGAGCCCCUUGGGUACCGCUCAGCCCCAUGGCCAAUGCCGGAGCAGACAGACCCAAGCCAGCCCAGCUCACAACAGCCCUUUCCCCUGCAGCCAGUGGGAGGAGGUGCAGGGCCGACAGGGGCACCGCUGCCUCUGUACUCAGUUCCUGAGACCCAUCCACCAGGGACUGGCCGCAGUGUGGCAGUGACAGCAGCUCCUGGAGCAAGGGCCCGGGAGGAAGCCCUGCAGGCACACCCACCCCUUGGAGAGAACACUGUGUGUCAAGAACCCCUCCAGCAUCCUGAUGGUCAAGAGGUUAUUUCCAAACCACAGGCUCCACUGGUUCCCAGAGCACGAACUAUUUCUGAGAGCUCCACCAUUUCAGUCAAGGAGGAUGAGGAGGAGUCCUUUGAUGAGGCAGAUAAAAAAUCUCUCCAAAAUAAUGGACAGAGAGAAAAGCGAGGAGAUGUGAAAGAGAAUGCAAAGAGCUCAGGGUUCAGAUGGUUCAGCUGGUUUCGAGCGAAGCCCGCCACCAACAUGUCCUCCUCUGGAGACGAAGACUCACUGGACAGUCCCGACUCUGAGGAGACCCCCAGAGCAUCUUCUCCCUUGCAGGCUGGCCCGGGCCUCUCCCUGACUGCGCCCCUUGGGCCCCAGCCUCUGCCAGGCACCAGUACCCUCUCCCAGAGCACAGGUGGUGGGGAACCCCAAGGAUCCAUGUCCAGCAGGGGAAACGCUGAGGGCACCGGGAUUGGAGGUGUGCAGGGGCCUCAGGGUGUUUCUUCUGAGCUCUACUUCAACCCUGGUGGUCUGCUUCUUCCACCCUCCUUGAAAGGGGCUGUUCCUCUCUACAAUCCAUCUCAGGUUCCUCAGCUCUCCAUGGCUGCUAGCCUGAAUCGGCCAAAUCGCUUAGCUCAGCGUCGCUAUCCAACACAGCCAUGA